AUGCUAAGGCUGUUUAUACGCAGAAUGUCUUCAGCUAAACCCCCUCAAAUAUCACAUUCUGAAACUCCAGGACCAAUUGAAUCAUCAAUAAUAUCGAAAAUAACUAAUGAAUUCAAACCAUUAUAUUUUAAAAUUGAUAAUGAUUCCCAUAAACAUGCUCAUCAUGCUGGUAUUAGAGGUGCAAAAAACAAAACAGAAUCCCAUUUUAGAUUAGAAAUUGUUAGUGAUGUAUUUGAAGGGAAAUCAUUAUCUGCUAGACAUAGAUUAGUGUAUUCAUUAUUAGCUAAUGAAUUGAAAAAUGAUGGUGUUCAUGCUCUACAAAUGAAAACGAAAACGCCAGAAGAAAUCAACAAGACUCAAAAUUAA